CACAGGCUCCAACUGUCCAAAAACACAUUCAAGUUGAAAAAAAAACAAUGAAAAAGACAUCAAAGAAGUGAAAUAAAUAGUUCUGUGGCACGUUCAGAAGAUGUUGACCGAGGGAGUGUACACAGGCACCAUCACAAGACCUUGCUGGACAUUAAAUACUAUAAGUACUGCAGAUUUACCCCACUAGCAAGUUGCUCGUUGGUGGAGAAAUUGAAGGAGCUGGACUUGGUGUGGAUCACGCUGCCGCCUGCAUGAGAGCAGCAUCGGAUGAGUCGAUGUCUGAAGGAACUAUGAAGUUAAACAGCACUCAACCGACGAGAACCCGGUGUGAACACUUCCAUUGGUCAAGACAUUUAAGGCAAUAUGUAAAAAACUGUCUGGAGUUGGGAGAGACCGACAUCACUUGCCCAAAGUGCGGGCAGGUUUGGGCAUGGCAGGAGGUGCGGUCUCUUGGUUUGCUGACACAGAAGGACCGGAUUCUCUAUGAGAAGAAGCUUUCACAGAUGAUGAGUAGCAAUACUGACUCUUAUAAGAAGUGCCCGGGCUGCAAAUCUCUACUGCAGAGGCUGGACCUGAAAAACCUCUGCAUGGAGUGUCCAGUCUGCUCGGAGACCAAGGGGGAGACUUUCCAGUUCUGCUGGGCUUGCCUGAGGAAGUGGAAGGGAGGCUCGCCGCAAGGGGACAACUGCGCAGAUGAAUUUUGCCACGUUGUGGCCCUGCUCCAGUGCUGUGAGGAGAUCGUGAACCCCGCCCUGACAGUGAAUGGCUGCCCCUCCAUUCGGGCCUGCCCACAAUGCAAGGCCCUGGUAGCACACAGCGGCGGCUGCAAGUACGUCACCUGCAGAAACUGCGCCAACCGCUUCUGCUUCCGCUGCCUUGACAGCUUCAGUGCCUGCUACAACGCCCAGCCCAGCUGGUACCACCGGGCAAAGUGUAACAAGCCCAAGGCAGCAAGGCAGAUGUUUGCUUCAUAGUCAGGUGCAUCUCCCCUCCCCAUCCACUGAACCCUUCUCAGCACCCCCCUCACCACCGGCUCUUCCUUCCCAUGUCUCCUGUAACCUGAAGUCCUGCAGACCUCAUGGUGGGCAGUGGGGGCACCAUGAGCAGGUGAGGGUGGUGUGCUGGGGAGGGGAUUAACACUGAUGGGGGUGGGAGAGGGGUGAAGAGGUACUGGUGGAGGCUGGGACUUGGCUAGUGUGAGAUUGGACUGAUGGGUAACUGGUACGGUUGGGGUGAUGACCUGG